AUGCCAAGCGAUCCUAAGAAUACGGAAAUUGGUACUGGCCCUUCUAGAGUAACAAAUGAACCGAAUGCUUGCAUUGAAGAAGGUGGAGGGAAAAAGCGAAAACGUAUGGAAGACAGGUCAGAUGUUUGGAAACAUUAUGCUAAGUUUAUUGAUAAGGGUAGUGGUAAACAACGUGCAACUUGUAAUUACUGCAAAAAAGAUUAUGCUACUGAAACAAAAAAACAUGAAACUAGUAACUUGUGGAAUCAUUUGAAGGAUUACAAAUCAUAUAAUAUUGAUUCUACUCAAACUCACUUUUUUCCUAUAAAGCACAUGUUGAAUGGUGAAACUGAGAAGGGUGAUAUUAGGGAUAUGAAAACUUGGAAGUUUGAUAAUGAAGUUGCUAGGAAAGGAUUGGCUCAUAUGAUUGUUAUUGAUGAACUCCCAUUUUGCUUUGUUGAAAAAGACGGUUUUCGAACUUAUAUUGAUCUUAUAACACCUCCUAGAUAUCAACUUCCUUCAAGAAGAACUGCCACUAAAGAUAUUUUUGAAUUAUAUAUUGAAUUGAGGUAUAAGUUAUUUUGUGUCACCGUUGAUAAUGCAACUUCUAAUGAUAAUGUCAUUAAGAGUUUGAAAAAUGUGCUGAAGAAUUUGGGGACUAAUAUAAUGAAUGGUGACCUCCUUCACAUGAGAUGUUUUGCACAUAUUAUUAACUUGGUUGUUUCAGAGGGUUUGAAAGAGGUAAAUGACUCUAUAAAUGCUGUUAGGGCUGCUGUAAAAUAUGUUAGACAGUCUCCGACAAGGCUUAAAAAAUUUAAAGACUGUGCAGUUUUUGCUAAAGUUGAAUGCACAAAAGCUCUUUGUUUAGAUGUCAGAACAAGGUGGAAUAGUGUGUAUUUGAUGUUAGAUGUUGCAGAGAAGUAUGAGAGAGUGUUUGAAAGAUAUGAGAUUGAAGAUCCUAAUUAUAUUAAGGAGUUAACAUCUGGUGUUAGUCAGUAUGAAGAUGAAGCUUCAUCAAGAACUCCUAAUGAAAAGGAUUGGGAGGUUGUUAGAAGAAUGAUAAAUCAGUGGAGGGAUUCCACAGAUAUUGAUUUGGCUCUAAUGGCAAUUGGGAUGAAAUCUAAGUUUGAUAAGUAUUUGGGAGAUCCUGAAAAAAUGAAUAAAGUUAUAUUUCUUGCAGCUAUGGUAGAUUCAACUCAAAAGCUUUCAUAUGUGAAUGAAUAUGAGGCAAGAAGUUCUAUUCAAGUUCUUGCAACAAACAAAUCUGCCCCUAUUGUUGUGGAUUUUCAUAUUUCAAGUGUUCAAGAUGAUCAAAAUGACAUGAGUGAUUUUAUUCAGUGGCAUGCUAAUGAAAGUGGUUCUCCUUCAAAUAAAAUUGAGUUAGACAAGUAUUUAGAUGAAGCUCUUGAGCCUUUGAGUGAUAAAUUUGACAUACUUGCUUGGUGGAAGGUGAAUGAACCUAGGUUUCCCACUUUGUCACAAAUGGCACGUGACUUGCUUAGAGUACCAAUUUCUACUGUUGCUUCGGAGUCUACAUUUAGCACUAGUGGUCGUAUACUUGAUGCUUUUCGCAGCAGUUUAACACCAAGAAUGGUUCAAGCGGUGAUAUGUGCCCAAGAUUGGUUACGUUCCCAAUCAAAAGAUGUAAGUGUUGAGGAAGACAUUGCAAUCCUUGAAGAGAUGGAAAAAGAGUUGCCCACUGGAGCUACAUAUAUUGUACCAUCAAUGUUGCCAUCAAUUCAUAUAAUGAAGAAGAGUAGUGUUAAGUGUAGAACUGCUGACGGGUGCUGGCUUGCUGAGUUGUUGAUGAUUGUUGAUUGUUGA